CCCCUUGCAAUCUUCGCUUAACCCCCCUAGCAAAUCACCUGCGGGCCUCCUCGUACGGCCGGCCCAACAUUUUCAUUUCAUUAGGCCCAACUAGACGAGCACCUGGGCGGCGCGUCUCGCCGGCGUUUUCCCAUGGCGUGGCGAUGGCUGCGCGCGUCGACGGCGAGGAGGGGCUGGUGGGACGCGGCGCCGUCGGGGACGCCGUUGUUUGCGGCGGAGCAGCGCGCCACGCUGGUGAACGUGAAGCUGAAGUGGGUCAAGGACCGGGCCCUCGACGCUGCGGUGUCGCGGGAGCGGCACCUCCGCACCGCCCACCACCUGCUCGACCUCGUGUUCUCCCGGCCCGGCCACCGCAUCUCGCGGUCGGACCUCCUCGCCGAGAAGUCCACUCAAAGGCUGUGUGGGUCAGCGUACUCUUUGCUCGAGUUCCUCAGCAGAUACCAUACCAUGUUCGCGUUGUCCCGCGGCGGCGUGUCGUUGACGGACGUGGCGUUCGUCCUGCGGCAGCGUGAGGUAGAUUGCCUCUUCGCCACCGAGGACGACCUCGUCGCCCGCCUCCGCCGUCUCCUCAUGCUCACCCUCCCCCGCUCGCUCCCGCUCCACACCGUCGACCUCCUCCGCUGGGACCUUGGCCUGCCCAGCGAUUACCGGGCCUCCAUCCUCCCCCGGUACCCCGACCACUUCGUGCUUGAGCAGCCCGAGGGCGACGAGCGCGUCUGGCUCCGCCUCCUCUCCUGGGACGAUCUUCUCGCCGUCUCCGAGCUUGAGAAAAGCGCUGACGGGGGCGAUACCACCUGCCUCCCCUUCCCGGUGAGCUUCACUAGGGGUUAUGGUCUGAGAAGCAAGUGCAUGACCUGGCUGCGGGAGUGGCAGGCGCUGCCAUACACCAGCCCAUACGCCGAUGCUUCAGGCCUCGACCGCCGCACAGACGUGUCGGAGAAGCGGAAUGUGGGAGUGUUCCAUGAGCUUCUGCACCUCACUGUGGCGAAGAGAACAGAGCGCCAGAAUGUGAGCAAUAUGAGGAAGCUGCUUGGCAUGCCUCAGAAGUUCACCAAGGUGUUCGAACGCCACCCUGGCAUUUUUUACCUGUCCAGGGUUUGUGGCACUCAGACGGUUGUUCUUCGGGAAGCUUACGGCGGUGGAAGCCAGCUGCUUGAGAAGCAUGCACAUCCGCUUGUUGCUAUCAGAGAAGAGUACUCCACCUUGUUGAGGGCAGCAUUGCCACCAAGGACGAGGGGUAAAGCAAGACAUGGUUCUUUCAGCAGGCAGGAUGAGGGAUGUGAGGUGGGAGGAGAUGAAUUCGAACUCUCCAAGUGAAUGCACUGUAAUUUAUGUCUAUCUCGAGUGCACUAAAGGAUAGAUCAUGGAUGUUGGAUCCAAGAGGGCAAGCACUAAAACUCGUCGAACAGGUGCUCUCGAAUGAUUCGGCAGUUUUUGACCGAGCUUAUGUUGUAAAAUUGUAAUCUAUGUUGUUAUGGACCAAGAAAAUAGACCUGGAGUUAAUUGGAUUUAGCAUUAACUCAUUCAAUUGAUGGCAUCUAUUCUUCACGCACCACAAGUUAGACUACUCAUUUUAUUCUUCCUGUUCCAGUGUUAUGAGUUAUCUAUCGUGUCUAACUUUGUAACUUAUAUGUAGGCAUAAGUAAUGUGCCUAAAUAACAACAUUUCAACUAGCUGAACUUCCUUGAUAAUUUCUUCAUUUUCCUUUCAAUAUUUUAUUGCUCAUUCUUAAGAGGACUUAUCUCACAUUGUGCUUCUAAUUGUUUGGCUUGUGUUAUACCCAUUUUGUUGUUUAGGGGGGGUUAUACUCAUUUUAUGAUUCUCUGUAGUCAAGGCUAAUUUAGUUGAAUGCCAGCAUAAUGGCUAGAGGUAGUGCUUUAAUAUGAAAUGCUACUCCAGUGGGUUCCUUUUUCCUAUUUGAGUAAUUAGUUUUGCCCAAAGUCAGGCCAAAAUUAGUAACGAAAAAAACAUUUGGCCACCAGAUUGUUGUCAAAUCUUUUGCCUGCAAAAUUUUGGUAAUGACUACUAGAAAGACUGUCAAAUCCUAGCCUUUUUAUGGGUGAUAAAAUGGUUCUGCCAAACUUUGAUAGGACAAGAACAAUCAUCACACUAUGAAUUUGCAAAUAAUUUUUUUCUUUUUUUUUGUGUACUAAUCUUGGAAAGGCUUUUUUUCUAGGAACACCAUGAAUUCACCCCAUGAGUUAUAUUGAAAUUUUUAGGGUUUCAAGCUAUCUGUAUAUGGACUCCCAUUGCUUUUUUUCUCAAAUUCUGAAACUAUUUGUGUGAUAGAGUUGCCAUUUGCUAUGAACUCACUCAUCUAUUCAUCUGUUGAAUUCAUCUUUGAGAUUAUGGAUUGAUUGCGAGUAACUGAGCAAUCCUAAUUGCCUGUAGUUUCAUCACUGAUGAUGGAGAUUCUAGAAACAUAAAGAUGAGGAAAUUAUCAUUUUUUUCAAUUAAAAGGAAAAAGGAACAUUCUCCGCUGGAGCAUUCUUCCAGCAAAUAUGCAUGUUUUCAGCUUUCUAUUGAUCUAAUCUGACCUUCAGUCAGAUGCUUCAGAUAGGGAUAUGGUAGCAAUUGGCCCAAAACGCUUUAAACCUACAGUUAUUGUUAAACUGAAAGAACCUAUUAAACCUUAUAUAGUUAUAUCCCAGAUAUUAGAUGGGGACAUCAAGUUCACCCUAAUUAAGUGUUCCUUCCCUGCAGACUGCAGAGUUAAAAAAACAACCCCAGGGCCAUGUGGCAUUCCUAGUAAAAGUCUCAUGCAGCGAGGAGGUUUUACUAUUCUCAGCUAUUACACAAUGAUCAUCUCUUAUCAUUACUUUCAAAGACCAGUUAAUGACUGUUUGGAAAUGAUUGAUGGUUGUAUUAUUCGGUCCAUCCUCACGAAUGCAUUAUCAUCAAUCAGCCACUUUCAAAAGCCAGUUGAGAGCUAUAAGGCUUUGGUAGCUAGAACCACUAUUUACUAGGUGCCUCUUAUCGGCUACUCCCAAUCUCACUAUCUCCUCAAAGAUGUUCUGUAAAUGACUCUGUGCCAUGUCUAUGAACUAUCUCUGAAGGAUAAGUUUUUUCCCCUUGAGUGGUUCCUUUUGAUAAGUGACCUCACUGUUUGCACUUGCUGAGUGUCUAUGCACUGAAAACUUGUACAGAAGUUUCACUAGGCAUGGAGUUUUGUGGCAACCUUUGUUUAUGGAAGUUUUCGUAAUGGUAACCUGGCAUCUGGAUGCAGAGAAAUGGUAUCCUCUUCCAGAACUAGAAAUCAGAUUUGAGGCUUGGAAAAAGGAUUUCACUGACGCAUUCUAUAUCCAGCUCCACAGAAUCAAAUAAGAAGCAAGGCCUCUUGCUAGCUUGUCUAGUUUCGCUCCCCUAUCAUUGUCGACGGACUCUCAGCUUUCACUCUUAGUUUUCACCCUUCCUUUUUUGCUUUGAGGAUUAUUUUGCCCUUCCUUUGUAUAUAUAAUAUGUUCUGGUCUUUAAUAUUUAUAUAUAUUAUAGAACAGGGGUGGGAGAAGAUUAUUCUUGCUGCUGGAGGACAACUGCAGAAAGGCCUCAACUCCUUUGUGGUUCUUGGGGGGUUGGACCAUCUGGAACCACUGCAAUAGAUGUGUUUUUGAUGGUGUAUCGCUUGUUUGGCUAGAGCCUUAUUUCUUGCUAGCGAGGAAAUUCAGUUGUGGGGUUUGGCUGGGGCUAAAGGUAUUUUUUUUACCUUUUCACCUAGUUGUCUCAGAAGUGUGUGUGUUCUUAGGUUGUGGUUGUAUCCUUUUCUUUUCUUGGUGCAAAGGUGAUUUGUAGUUUUCUUUUGGGUGUGUGUGGUGUUUUGUAAGGUUCCCCCUUUUUUAAUACAAUGGUACGAAGUUCUUCUGCA